CGGAGCGACUAAGACGGAUAGCGCGUCAUCUCGCCUUCCCAAAUUUUUUCCCCUCCGCACAUCGGCUCCCAAACCUCAAGCCCUAGGAGCGCGGAAAAAGGCGAAAGAUGUUUAACUCGGUGAACCUGGGCAACUUCUGCUCGCAGUCGCGCAAAGAGCGGAGCGCCGAGUUUGGCGAGCGGGCAGGUUGCGCCUCCAACCUCUACCUCCCCAGCUGCACCUAUUACGUCCCUGAAUUCUCCACCGUGUCCUCCUUCCUGCCACAGGCCCCCUCUCGCCAAAUCUCCUACCCGUACUCCGCCAACCUCUCGCAAGUGCCGCCCGUGCGGGAGGUCUCCUACGGGCUCGAGCCCUCGAGCAAGUGGCACCCGCGCGGCAAUUACGCGGCGUGCUACUCCGCGGAGGAGCUGAUGCACAGGGAGUGCCUCCCGCCCGCCACCAUGAGCGACAUGCUAAUGAAAAACGAGAGCGGCUACGGCCACCACCACCACCACCACCACCACCACCCCAGCUCCAACCACCCGGCCCCGGCGGGCUUCUACGGCGGCAUGAGCAAAAACACCGUCCUGCCGCAGGGCUUCGACCGCUUCUUCGACAACGCCUAUUGCGGCGCCGACGCCCCCGCCGAGAGCUGCCUGCAGAAGGGCGAGGGCAAGCUGGAGCCCGAGGCGCAAGCCCAGGCGCUGGCAGCCCGCGGCGAGCCCGGGCUGGACCCGGAAGACGAAGAGGAGAACACGAACCCCGGCUCUUCAGCCUCAUCCUCCUCUGUCAACAAGGAGAGCAGCAAGAGCAGCGGCGCGAGUGCUCCCAGAACAAGGAAGAAGAGAUGCCCCUAUUCGAAAUUCCAGAUCCGAGAGCUGGAGCGAGAAUUUUUCUUCAAUGUCUAUAUCAACAAAGAGAAAAGGCUCCAGUUGUCCAGGAUGCUAAAUCUCACCGACCGACAGGUUAAAAUUUGGUUCCAGAACAGAAGAAUGAAAGAAAAAAAAUUAAGCAGAGACCGCCUGCAGUAUUUCUCUGGAAAUCCCUUAUUGUGAACAGCUUUUUAAAUCCCCUCUGCUGGCGAGGUGUCUGUGGCUGGAGGAAGGAACAGUUGCGAGCAUGGGUUUGCCCUUUGAGUCGACAAAGCAACCUCAAAGUUUAAGCCUUUUCGUUACUUAUAUUUGUAUGUAUGGGACAGUUCUGAGUAACAAAAGGAGUGAAAUAUUCUUGCAGUUACCCAACCGUUGAAAGGACUUGAAUUCCACGGACAUUUUAUUUAACGUUUUUGUCUAAACAGUUUGGGAGUCCUUUUUUUGUUUUUUUUUUAAUUGUUAUUAUUAUUAUUAUUUUUAUUGUUAUUAUUAUUAUUUAGGCACCCCUGUCCGUUUGAGCAAAGCGCAGCGCCGGGCGUUACGACCGCGGUGAUUUCGGGAUGCGGAUGUGUUAUCACAGGAACGGCCAAAGUCUCCUUGUAGGAUCAGUUCUCUUCAUCUGGGGUGAGUGUGAGUGUGUGUGUGAGUGUGUGUGUGUGUGAGAAUGCACACACAGACAUGUGUGUCCUUGCCUCUGUGUGUGUGUGUGUGUGUGUGUGUGUGUGUGUGUGUCUGCACAUUCACACCCACCCCAGUCAUUUGUGGUCUCCUGCUCUCCAUGCCAAGGGUUGUUGUCGAAACCUAAUUUAAAUACUCUGUCCUUAGCAGAAGGACUCUCAUUAUUUCCACCUCCUCCUCCGUACCCCCUUUAUAUAAAUAUAUAUAUAUGCAUAUCUAUAUGUCAAAGUGCACACAUAUAUAUACAUAUAUAUAUACACACUAUGCAGUAUGGUUUCUUCAUUUUGAGUGGGGAGGGGGGGAAUCUAGAAGAAAACACAUUUGCAAUAACUGUUUGUAAAUAAAUUUCGUAGUGCGUUUUUUUUUUUCUUCCGGAAAUGGGAAACGAAGAACACCAGGAGAAAAUAACCUUGAAAAAUAAUAAUACAAAAAAAAAUUAAUUCUUUGUGUAUGUAAAGUGAGUCCCCGGGAUAUUCUGUGAAAUUCUGUGGCAAAUAAAGACAUUGCAAGCUGUUCUACAUUA